UGCUGGCUGCUGAUUGGUCACGUAGGAGGAAGAUGCGACUGCAAUGAAGAAUAGACUGGGGACUUUUCAAAGCGUCCUACUGAUGUGAUUAAUAUCGUUGAAUGAUUUCCAUGCAUUGGCUUGUCGCGUUAUGUAAUUUAAGGCCUUUGGAUUAUUAGCUAGGCCUACUGGAAGCGGGUCGGUUUCCGUAUUUCUGUUUAGUUUUGUUGGAUCGUUUGAUGUGAUGUCGGGCCCGUCGCGCUGCUUUGUAGCUGAAGUCACUCCCUAGAAAUGUAGCUUGUGGUUACAACACUAGCUAUCACUGAAGCUGCUCUUCUUGUAGGUGUUGCUGUGCGAACGAUGCACGAGCGAUGUCUGAUGUUGAGGCCACGUACGCAGACUUCAUCGCCUCCGGCAGGACGGGACGCAGGAACGCCAUGCACGACAUCCUGCAGAGUCCCGCCGACCCCGAGGGACGAGGACUGCCCCUCACCCUGUCUCUGUCCCAGCUGCACAUCAACGCAGGAGGGGGAGAUGGAGAUGACACUGAUGACAGCCAGAGCUCUUCCUCCGCGGGCCACAGGGAGGUGGAGCAAAGGAACAGCUAACCUGCCACACACUCCUGCCACUGGACAGAGAGCUGCAAAAUGGAAUCCAGCCGUCAUUGGGAUGAAGCCUUUGGUACAAAGUGGGCUGGUAGCCGGAGGGUAGCACCAACACUGCUGAGGUGCCUAUAAGCAGGGCACUGACCCCCCAUAAAUCCACUGUAGAGACGCUGUGAUCACCAAGCGCUCUCAUGUCCCUGUGGCUCUGGUGUGCACUAGAAUAACAGACUGUUGGCAAGGGUGUAUUUCAGAGUUGGAGUAAACAGAGAGACAAAUCUGUAGCUCAUGUACAGCUGAUUUUACUUCCAGUCUUAGUUUUAAACACAAAGGCUGAAUGAUUGGAAUGAAAAGAGAAAGCUCCUAUGUGAGUCUAUGUGAAUCCUGUAGUGCAGGCAAUUUGUAAGACCACUAAGACGUGCUGAUGUAAUGCAGUGGGACUAGCAUGUUCGUAGUGAUGCUGAUAGAGAUUACAUUGCCUGUUAAUGGCUUGUGCUUCCUUUAAUUUGAAUCUACUGUAGAGGGAAUUGGACUACUCAGCUGUACUGGAAACUGGAAAACACCACGAACAAAAACACUGGGGCUUGGUUACUUUAUUUGUUGAAGGUGUGUUCACUGAUUCUGUUUUGUAUGCUAGACAACACCCAAUCAUAUGUGAAACUGGCCUGUACUGUAGAAAGCAGCUGACUUACAAUACAUGAUAAUACAUUUACAAUGAGUUUGGAUGACAUAUUUCAAUGGCUCAGUGGUUAACAAAGAUGAUGAUAGUGUACUAUCUUUUAAAAUGUAGAUCUUAUUUUUUUUUUUUUUUACUUUUCUACUCAUGCCAUUAUAAUCACAACCAUAAAAGAGUAUAUUGAAAUUUUGGGAAUUAUGCUAAUUCGCUUUCUUGCCGAGAGUUAGAUGAGAAGAUUAAUGCCAAUGUUAUGUACUGUAUGUACGCUAAAUAUGUAGCUUGAGUCAGCAGCAAGGUUAGCUUAUCUUAACAUAACAUUCGAAAACAGCUAGCCUGGCUCUGUCUGAAGGAAACAGAAUUCACCUACCAGCCCAUUUCUAAAGCUCAUUAAUUAACACCAUAUGUCCUGUUUGUUUAAUUCGUACAAAAACUCAUAUUAUGCCAAACUAGUUAUUGGCUGGGAUCAGUUGCUAGGCAACCAGCGGAGACUCCGGGAAGUUAGUGGUCGUUUUUACACUGAAGUUUUUGUAUGGAUUAAACAAAUGAGAUACAGUAUAACGUGUUAAUUAGUGAGCUUUGUCACUACCCAAUCCGUACUGGAAACCUGAUUUGGUUUUAACCUAUUCCCUGGCCAAUGGGUUAUCCUGACCCUAAUCAUUCAGUGGUAAUGCCUAACCUUAUUGCACAGCUUUGUUGAAUACUGGAUUGUGAUUGGUCAGUCGCAGCAUUUUUUGGUCGGUUAUUUCUGAAUUAGUCUCGCUUUGCUAGACCUUCCUUCACAGCGCUGUGGAGGAGGGUCUGGCUAGUCCACCCAGCAUUCCGGGAUGGGAGAAAAACGCUCUGGUUUAUUGGCAUUUCUUCAAA